AGGUAUAUUGCAUUCUAUUUCUAGGGUUUUCUGGGUUCUAAAAUGUCGUCAUUGUUAGUUUCAGCUCUUACUUGCGUAUGGGUUUUGAUUUGUUCACAUGGGGUACUUGGGUAUGUGAAAUAUAAUACUGGAGGGGUCAUUGUUGAUGGGAAAUUGAAUGUUCAUUUGGUUCCCCAUUCUCAUGAUGAUGUGGGCUGGUUGAAGACUAUUGAUCAGUACUAUGUUGGAUCAAAUAACAGCAUACAGGGUGCUUGUGUUGAGAAUGUGCUGGACUCGGUUGUUGUGGCGUUGCACAGGGAUCCGAAUAGGAAGUUCGUGUUUGCUGAAAUGGCGUUCUUCCAAAGAUGGUGGGAAGAACAAAGUGUGGAAGUACAAGAAGAAGUUAGAAAGCUUGUUGAUGGUGGUCAAUUAGAAUUUGUAAAUGGUGGCUGGUGUAUGCAUGAUGAAGCUGCUACCCAUUACAUAGACAUGAUUGACCAAACUACCCUUGGUCACCACGCAUUAAAAACCCAAUUCAAUACAACACCUCGUGCUGGAUGGCAAAUUGAUCCGUUCGGGCACUCAGCUGUUCAAGCUUACCUACUUGGGGCUGAGCUUGGCUUCGAUUCUGUGCAUUUUGCGAGGAUAGACUAUCAGGACAGAGCAAAGCGCAAGGUAGAUAAAUCUCUUGAAGUCAUAUGGCGUGGAUCCAAAACUUUUGGUUCCUCCUCUCAGAUUUUCACUAACGCAUUUCCUGUACAUUAUAGUCCUCCAAGUGGGUUCCGUUUUGAAGUGUCUGAUAGUGAUUCUAUUCCCGUCCAGGAUAAUCCUCUGCUAUUUGACUACAAUGUUGAGCAGCGAGUUAAUGAUUUUAUUACUGCUGCAAUCACACAAGCAAAUGUGACAAGGACAAAUCAUAUCAUGUGGACAAUGGGAGAUGACUUCCAAUAUCAAUAUGCCGAGACUUGGUUCAAACAAAUGGAUAAACUAAUUCACUAUGUUAACAAGGAUGGUCGCAUAAAUGCCUUGUAUUCUACCCCAUCUAUGUAUACAGAUGCAAAAAAUGCGGCAAAUGAAACAUGGCCACUGAAAACUCAUGACUAUUUUCCAUAUGCAGACCGUACAAACGCUUACUGGACUGGAUACUUUACUAGUCGUCCUGCCUUCAAGGGAUACAUUCGUAUGCUGAGUGGAUAUUAUUUGGCUGCACGCCAACUAGAAUACAUGGCUGGAAGGCGAUCUUCUGGUCCCAAUACUCACAGUUUGGGAGAUGCUUUAGGAAUUGCUCAGCACCAUGAUGCUCUCACUGGCACUGCUAAACAACAUACAACAAAUGACUACGGAAAACGCUUGGCAAUUGGAGCUUCUGAGGCAGAAGCUGUUGUGAAUUCAGCUUUGACAUGCCUAGCUAACUCGACAAUGAAAGGUCCAUGUGCCACACCCUUAUCAACAUUGAGCCAGUGUCAAUUACUUAACAUAAGUUUUUGCCCGCCGACCGAGAAAGAUAUUCCUGAAGGAAAGAGUCUGGUUGUCGUGGCAUACAAUUCUCUUGGAUGGAAUCGCACUGACAUCAUUAGGAUUCCGGUUAAUGACGCCAACCUUGUUGUCCAUGACUCCACGGGUAAUGUGAUCAAUGCACAAUAUGUGGAGUUGGAUAAUGUUACAAGCAACUUAAGAGACUUCUACACCAAGGCCUAUUUGGGAAUUUCACCAGGAAAAGCUCCCAAGUACUGGAUUAUGUUUCAAGUAUCUCUGCCUUCUCUGGGUUGGAACACAUACUUUGUAUCUAAAGCAUCUGGAAAAGGUAAAAGAAAGAAGUCCUACGUCUCUAAUGUUGAACCUCCACAGAACGAUACUAUUGAAAUUGGACCAGGAAACUUGAAGUUGUCCUUUUCUGUUGCAUCUGGGCAGCUUAAAAGGAUGUUUAACUCGAAAACUGGGGUUGAUAUACCAGUGCAACAAAGCUAUCUCUGGUAUGGCUCAAGCCAUGGCAAUAAAGAUGACCAGAGUUCUGGUGCAUACAUUUUCCGACCCAAUGGUGCCCCUCCCACUUUGGUUUCAAGAUCAGUGCCCAUAAAGGUUGUGCAUGGCAGUCUUGUUGAUGAAGUUCAUCAGCAGUUUGACUCGUGGAUCUAUCAGGUGAUUAGACUUUACAGAGAUAAAGAGCAUGCUGAAGUUGAAUUCACAAUUGGCCCAAUACCCACAGAUGAUGGUGUUGGAAAGGAGGUCAUUACACGGAUGGCAGCAAAUAUGGUCACAGAGAAGGUGUUUUAUACUGAUUCAAACGGGAGGGACUUUUUAAAACGGGUUCGGGAUUAUAGAGAGGAUUGGUCUCUUCAAGUUAAUCAACCCGUUGCAGGAAACUAUUAUCCGCUCAAUCUCGGAAUCUUUACAGCAGACAACAAGUCUGAAUUUUCAGUCUUGGUUGAUCGUGCCGUUGGUGGAGCCAGUAUUAACGAUGGACAAGUAGAGAUAAUGCUUCACAGGCGCAUGCUCUUUGACGACAGCAGAGGAGUUGGUGAACCCCUUAAUGAAACAGUGUGUGUUGGUGAAACAAGCUGUGAAGGAUUAACGAUUCGAGGAAAUUAUUAUAUUGGCAUCGACCAGCUAGGUGCUGGAUCCAGAUGGCGCCGAACAACUGGCCAAGAAGUUUACUCACCUCUUCUUUUAGCAUUUACACAUGAGAAACAAGAUGAUUGGACUGCUACUCACUUGUUGAAGGCAACAGCCAUGGAUCCAAACUAUACUCUACCUCCUAAUGUUGCAUUAGUCACUCUUCAGGAGCUGGAUGAUGGAAGUGUGCUUCUUCGCUUGGGACAUCUGUAUGAGGCUGGCGAGGAUGCCGAGUAUUCGACAUUAGCCAAAGUUGAACUGAAGAAGGUUUUUGCUGGAAAAACGAUAAAGGAGGUGAAGGAAAUGAGCUUGUCAGCAAACCAAGAGAAAUCACAGAUGAAGAAGAUGACUUGGAAAGUUGAAGGGGACAACAGUGGGGAGCCUGAAGCUAUUAGAGGUGGCCCCGUCAACGAUUCUGAUCUUGUUGUUGAGCUCGGUCCUAUGGAGAUUCGGACUUUCCUGUUGUACUUUUAAGGAUCUUUUUUUUUAUCAGUUUCACAAAAAGCAUAUUGUCUUACCCAAAGGAUGUGUUCAGUUUCUCGGCCCUAAUAAAGUCCUUGUUUUGGAAACAUGGAAAUUGUACAUUCUCGCCUGUAAUGAAAUCAUGAAUGGAGUUGCCAUGUUUUCUUUAUUA